ACGCUCACUCAUCCAAGUCCUGCUUUCUAAACGCAGCACUGCGCCUACACUUUGAGUGAAGAAAGAGAAUAACCCGUCAAAAUGACUCGUGGUAACCAGAGAGAAAAUGCGCGCAAGAAGAACUUGGAAAAACAGGCCAAGGCCAAAUCCAAGAACACCAUGAGCGGAACUGAAUAUCAGCGAGAAAAGGAAAAGGCGGCAGAAAUUAUGCGAGAGAAGCAGCGAAAAGCCUUGGAGAAAAAAGCUGCUGAAGCAGCCGCCGGCGGCGGGAAAAAAUGACACCCGCUACGAGGACUGGCAACUGACAGCUUUCUGGGUUCACUUCCCUUUCUCUUCUUGAUCUUCGUAUUGUCCGCCCAACGCACCUGCUCGAUGCAUCGAGAUUCCCAGCAUAUGACGCCGUCUAUUCUCCCGUCCGUCCUGAACAAUCGAGUUACGCAACUCAACACGCGCUAUACCAGCAUGUUCGUGGCCAUGUAGCCACAGCUGACGUACAUGACCGAAAAAAGGAAGAGAUGAAGAAAAGAGAACUGUGAGAUCAUAACAUUCUAUUCAACUUGAUUUAGCUUUUGGCGUUUCCAUUUAACCCUUGACUUAUUGUCGUCCGGCGUUCACUUCCUCACUCCAUGCAUAUUAGACAAAUUAUUGUUCGAGUUAUUCUUAUUGAAUGAAGAAUAUGAUAUUGAUAUU